AUGCACUGGUUGACGCUUAGCAAAUUAGCCCUGAUGGCGAAAGCGUUCAUCGGCCUUUGUAAACUCCCUGAUAAGCGGGUUUGCUAUCAAGAACCUGAUUUCAUGAAGCUGAGCUCGAGGAAAAGGGAACGAAGAAUAGAUAAAUUCUUGCCUUCAAUGAAUCCGAACCAAAAGGCAAGGCAUUUGUGA